AUGGAUAAGACAUACAAGAAUGACAAGGUUUUGAGAGACUGUGAGUUUGGAAGCAUUAAACUGGAACCAUGGUUGAUUUUUGCAGCCAAAGAGUCAUUCUAUGAAGUGUUUAAGGAUUUUUGUGUACAAGAAGGUUUUGGAGUUUUUGUUGAAAAGAGUGAUCCUACCAGGUUUAUAGCAAGAUGUGCUAUAGAUGGUUGCAACUGGAAAAUCCAUGCAUCAAGCAUGGCUGACAAAGUGAGCUGGGCAAUCAAGACAUUGAUAGGAGAGCAUGCAACUUGUGGCAGGCUUGAGAUAAAUUCAAUUGUGGGCUGUGAUUGGCUUUGCAGACAUCUACAAUCAGAUAUUCAAGCCAAUCCUGACAUUCCAGUUGAGUCUCUGCAAAGAAUCUGUAUGGAAAAAUACAGAAUUCAAGUGAAGAAAAGGUUAUUUUACAAGGUCAAAGCAAUUGCCAAGGAGCUCAUUCAUGGUGGAUUUGGAGAGGCCUAUAGUCUCCUUCCAAGAUAUGCUAAGAUGGUCAAGCAGACCAAUCUAGGGAGUUAUGCACUAGUGACAUUGACACAAGUACCUACAAAUGUCCAACCUAGGUACAAAGCAUGCUUCUUUUCUUUUGCUGCACAAGAUAAAGGUUUUUUGAGAGGCUGUAGGCCAAUCAUUGGCAUUUAUGGAGCCCAUCUUAGUGGAUAUUAUAAAGGGAUACUGCUAAGAGCUGUUGGAAUUGAUGAGAACAAUGAGAUAUUUUUGUUUGCUUAUGGCAUAGUCAGUACAGAGAGUGUUGAUACUUGGGGUUGUUUUAUGAGGAAUUUAAAGUGCCUCUUUGAGAAAGAGGGAUGUAACAGAGAUGAUUGGACAUUUCUUUCUGAUAGGAUGAAGGGAAUUGAUGCAGCAAUUAUGGAGACAUUCCCAGAGCUAGUAGAAGAAUAUGUUGUCAACACUUCUAUAAGGCAAUGGUGCAUGAAAAGGAUGGCUCCAAGGCUUGAUAAAGCAACUUCAAUGGGGGAUGGGGAACUCACUUACUAUAAGGAAAUGAUGCAUGAGAAGGAUGGCUCCAAGGUUUGA